UAUCAAUUUAAUAUUCCCAUAUCGCUAUUUAAAUUACGUUAUGAUGUUUAUAUACUUGAUAAACAGAUUUCAAUAAAGAAACUUUAUACCAAUGACGCCACUAAAACAAAUGUACAACAUAAUCCGGAAAAAUCAUACCUUGGCUUUUCCCUUUCCAACACUCCUCCAUUUUGAAGGUUUUUAGCCCUCUUUACGCUCAGAUUCUUCAGCGCUAAUUUUCCCUCUAUUCAAGCGAGAUGUCAGCCAGCAUCAUUCAAACACGGAGGGCGAAGGAGAAGGAGCGUGAAGAGGAUGGAGAAGAAGAGGGGAAAGGUGCCAAAGGUGUUCCCGAUGUUGAUGAAGUCGAGGCCAAUGUCGUUCAGGUUAUGGUGCAGGACGAGGGAGACGAGGAAGUGGCUCACGCUGUGCCUAUCCGCGUUGAAGCAAAACAAGAUUCUCACGUGCAGAUAAUCGCAUCUGGCGAGCCUCCAUCUAAGGUGGUGAAGCUGGACAACUCGGAAGAGUACUAUGUCAUCAACCAGGCAGAGGCUGAACAGAUGGAGGAAGAGGAGCGUUCCUCGCAGCACGACACCUCGCAGGAUCUGGACUCGACGCGCGGCUACUCCAAGAAGCCGCAGAAGUACCGCAGGCAGUGGGAAGAGCACCCCAUGCUGGCCAGCUGGCUGAUGAUGCUGCCGGGGAACCACUACCGGGCCUGGUGCCGCCAGUGUGGCUGCCCGCUCAUCACCCAGCUCAAGGUGCUGCUGGACCACGCGCGCUGCCGCAAGCACACGCGUCGCGAGGGCCGCGCGCCGGUGGACCCGCCGGUGCAGCACGGCGGCCGGCUGGGCGCCGCCAGCAAGGCCGGUACUUGGGGAAAGACGGACGCGAACAGCCAGCAGCUGGACGUCAGCUACGGCGACUCUGACCGUGUCACCUACUCGAUCGGCCUCGGCAACCAGAAAGUCGGAUUCAUCGGCGCCGGCAAAAUAUCGCAGGCCAUCGCCUCAGGCAUGAUGAACAAAGGUCUGACCUCGUCCAGCUGCAUUCAGGUCAGCUCUCCGAGCGACAGGAACCAAGGCAUCUGGAAACGCUGGAAGUGCAAGACCAUGCAUGAUAACAACGCGCUGAUUCGUCAGUGCGACGUGGUGUUUCUGGCGGUGGCGCCCGCGGAGCUGGAGUCGCUGGUGGCCGCCCUGGAGCCGCCCAACGACGGCGUGGAGAGGUGCUUCAUCUCCACAGUCAGCGGCGUGUCCCAGGAGAGACUGACGCAGAUGCUGUCUGAAGUGAUGCCAGACGAGCCGAUCUACGUGAUCCGCUGUGUGCCUUCGAAGACGGUGGCCAUCGGAGAGGGCAUCUGUGUGUACAGUGCGCCGCACGACCUGCCUCACACGUGGCUGCUGACGAUGGAGACAGUGUUCUCGGCGCUGGGCCUGUGUCAGAAGGUGGAGGAGCACAUGAUGAACGUGCACAGCGCGGCCUUCGGCAGCGGGCCGGCCUACGUGGCGGCGUUUAUUGACGCGCUGGCCACGGGCGCCGCCAACCACGGCGUUCGCUGGGAGGACGCCGUCCAAAUGGCCGCACAGGUGACGCAGGGCACAGCUGCCAUGAUCUUAACCCAGGGUCUGACCCCGGCCGUGGUGAGGAGGGAUGCCGCUGCACCGGGAGGCAACACCAUCUCUGGACUGAUGGCGCUGCAGCGGGGUGGAAUGGAAUUCGCCGUCAUGUCUGCGGUGGAUGAGGCCACCAAACGGGCCAAGGAGCUGGGUAAUGUCGGGGAGCAGCAGCAGUGAGCGAUACCGCCCCGGACCUCCGCGCUACGGACCAGUGAGGUCAUCAGUAGACAGUGACGUCAUCAAUGAGCAGUGAGGUCACCAGUAGACAGUGACGUCAUCAUUGAGCAGUGAGGGCACCAGUAGACAGACGUCAUAAACACCACGGGCGUCGUGGAGCGGCGACGUUGUAAAAGUCCAGCGAAACCCUGGGACUACCUAUGAAUGUGAAGCAGGAGUGUUGGAGAGGAGAAGAGUUGAAAUCGUAAGAUCAGGCACUGAAUGGAAUUCAUUACAGUCAGACCGGUUUCGGUGUAUUAACACUGGUAGAAGAGUCUAAGUGGGAGAGUUUUUGAGAGACUGGGAGAGUGGACAAUGGAUGACUGGCGUGGUUUGACGGAACGAUCACAUGUGCAUCAAUUUCAUCCUGACCUCCCGGGUGGAUAAUGUAGGGGUACCAAUUCUGAGUUGACACGCGGUCUGACUUUGCAACGGUCUUAGUCUUUAUUUAAUGAACUUUGAAAACCCGCUGGAAAUUCAGAAUCGGGGAGCGGGAGGUAGUUCAUGCUCAUUGUUCAUCAUUAGAACGUAGGCGAGCAUCACUUUACACAUCUGACUGCAAUGAGGUGAACCGCGUGUCUAGAUAAAACACAACGGCAUAACACAAGUCGGAGUAAUUCACAUGGUCAGCUGUUCAUUUCAUCAUUCACGUCAGCCGGUCAUCUUCCGUAUGCGCUGACUGAACCUGACUGAAAACUCACUUCAAGUGACAGGAUUUGGAGACGGAACGGUGUUUGGGGCGUGCUCUGAGUAUUGAGUCUCCCGUUGUACGUUUUAUCAUCUGAUUCUGGGCCGUAACUAUGACGGGGUUAGGUAUAUUUCAUUCGGGGAAUUCGGGAUCAUGUUGGGAUUUGUGUUCGUGUUCUAUCGUCCUAGUUUGUAUCGUUCGGCAUCAAUUGUCAGUUUUCGCCGCUCUGUUCCCCGUGUUGUAUCCCCCGGGCCAUAAAAUGUACAUAGCUCGCACCAAUCAUAAGUGUCUCAGUACAUUCACUAAUAGGUGAUUUGGAUGAUCAUGCAUAGGACCUUUCUGUUUUGCUCUAAUUACAUGGUAUUUUCGCUGUUUUCCUGAGUCAAUUUGGAUCGAGUGUGCGUUUGCAUACGUAUUCUAGAUCUGUCAUCACUUCUUGUCUUUACAGUUAAUCGUCAUUUCAAGCGCCAGUUUUUUCGCAACAUUAUUGAAGCGCUGACAAUUUUUAGGUCCAAAGGCACCGUAGCUGAUCUGAACUGGCACUUGCUUUUCAUCUGUAAACGGUGUGGAUCAUUCGAAUCGCGCGGUAGUUUUCGCCCUUGUCACUAAAGAGGCUAUCUUCCAUGUGUCAUGUUCUCAGUUCGUUUUGCGCAAGCUUUGGUCGACCUGUCAUCUGAGCAGAAUACACGACAAGAUGUAA